AUGGGUUGGGAUCAGUGGAUGCUCCUCCGCGUCUCCAAUAAGUCUUCCGCGGACACGCUGAAGCUGAAGUUCCCCAACGCAGGCGACCAUUGGGGCUACCCAUUCGCUGGCACUGGAGACCUGUCAGACCGCAUCGAGAUCUCAUAUGCUGAGAUUGAGGACAAAGACAUUGCCCCCCAUGCGUCCUAUGCCUACGGCCACACGGGGCGGGAGAAUGCACCCUCGGGUUUGGAGGGAACGGUAGACAUCUUGGAGAAGGGUACUGGUGGAGGGGAGGCACAAAGGAUCGCCCAGAUCUCGUACAACUGUCCGUGGGACGGGUCCAACACUUUUGUCAUCUCGGACGUGUCCGCUGGGUGGGACGUGAAGAGCUCCGGCGAGGAUUUCGAGGGGAACGCUCUGGGAUCAAUCACCAUCGAGGUCAGCAGGACUUGA